UUGCCAAAUAAAAAGCCCUUACCACUAAGGAACCAUACAUAAAUCCUCUCUCAUUUGUUUCCUUGUGUUCUGCCUCCAAAUUUUUCAAACAAGGAAAUAGAGGAAUUCUCUUGCUGAAGAUAGCUCUAUAAGACUAUAAUAAUCUAUAUAUUAUCCAUAUCAUAAUCUGAGUCAUUUUGAAACUCUUCAAUCUCAUUGUGCCAUCCUCAGACACAACUCACAACUCACAAUGGCAACAUUUAUCCGAAGAAUGGCAAUCAGCUAUAUUCUUCUGACAUUGUUUUUCUCUGCAGAUAUUGGAUUUUUUGGACGUGUUGCAUCAUUUGGAAUCAACUAUGGCCAAGUAGCUAACAAUUUGCCGCCGCCAGACAAAGUCCUUGAACUCUUGACCAACUUAAAGGUGACAAGAACAAGAAUUUAUGACACCAAUCCUCAGAUUUUGACUGCUUUUGCUAACUCAAACAUUGAGGUAAUUGUGACGGUUGAAAACAACAUGCUAGGCCAGUUAAACGAUCCCCAACAAGCCCUUCAAUGGGUGAGUGGCCAUAUCAAACCAUACCUCCCAGACACAAAGAUCACAGGGAUUCAAGUAGGGAAUGAAUUAUUCACCAAUGGUGACACCACUCUCAUUCAGUAUCUUGUGCCAGCAGUGGUGAACAUUCACAAUGCUCUAGUUCAGCUAGGCCUAGACUCCAACAUCCACGUUUCGACGCCGAGUUCCUUAGAGGUGCUUCAGGAAUCUUACCCUCCUUCAGCUGGUAGUUUCAAGAGUGAGAUCUCAGGGAUCAUGUCCCAAUUUUUGAACUUCUUGGCCACCACUAAGGCACCCUUUUGGAUCAAUGCCUAUCCUUACUUUGCAUACAAGGAUGACCCUAAUAGGAUUCCAUUGGACUACGUUUUAUUCAAUCCUAAUGAAGGAAUGGUUGACUCCAACACCAACCUACACUAUGAUAAUAUGCUCUAUGCUCAGGUGGAUGCAGUCUCAUUUGCCAUUGCUAAAUUGGGUUUUAGUGGGAUUGAGGUUAGGGUCUCUGAGACUGGUUGGCCAUCCAAAGGAGACCCUAAUGAGGUUGGUGCCACAGUGCAGAAUGCUCAAACUUACAACAGGAAUUUGCUGAGAAGGCAAAUGGCAAAUGAAGGGACACCUCUGAGUCCUAGAAUGAGGUUGGAAGCAUACUUUUUUGCAUUGUUCAAUGAGGACAUGAAGACUGGAGCAACCUCGGAAAGGAACUAUGGUUUCUUUCAACCUGAUGCAACUAUGGCUUACAAUGUAGGAUUGGCUGCUUUUGCAGACUCAUCCACUUCAUCCACUUCAAUUUCUCUUACCUCCUCUGCCACUAAAACAAAGAAAUCAGGACCAACACACUUUCUGAAUGAUGGGGGCAACAACAAAAUCUGCAAUACGGCGAAGAGGCAAGGCAAUUCAAUUGGAAAAUCAACUUUCUCAGAGUGGCUACACUUUCAUUCACUUACCCUACCAUUAGUCACAUUCCAGCAUCAAGCAUGUGGCGGUGACGUUAGAUUGAGCUUAUUUUAGGAAGAUAAGGUCCAAAAGCCACCUCAUUCUUUUAUUAGCUGAAUUGUCAAAUAGAAAAUAUGUUUGUAUAUUGCUGAUUUUGUAGAAUUGAUUUCAUUCAUCAGAAGAAGAGAAAAAUAUAUGUUUCUGAUUGAGGAAAAGGUUUUAAGGCUAGGCUUGUCUGCCUUAUGCCUCACCUUAUUGGAUGCUAAGAAAAGCCCUUAUUAUGGGACGUGGAAUCCACAACUGUUCUCUUUGUGUAUAAAUAAAUAUAAAAGUAAAUUCUGGUAUUACCA